AUGACAAAUAUGAUGGAAGUAUCCAACUUUGAUGAAAGUCAAUAACCAACAUUGAAGAUCAUUACAAAGUUUAGUUAAUAUGAUGAAUAUUUUUCAAUUUAAGAUCCAAUUAGAAUAAUAUAAGGAAGUGAUUCAUAAUAUCCAUUCGUAGUGAAAUUUAAUGAAAAGAAAUUGCUCGACAUUGAUGACUUAUAUAAUCAAUCACUUCCCCCAUUGACUGGAUAGGUGGUUCUAUUAAUCACACAAAAUCCACCUUUAGAGCUAAUUCACUUUAUAGAAACUCAAGCAUCUCAGUUCAUCAUUUAUUUAUAAACUCCAAACCUUGAGAUUCAAGAAUACAUUUCAAAUUCUUCAACUACAAAAUAGCAUUCUAAGCCUGAAAUAAUUAUUGGAAAGUUUUCUUUCAAAAAGAGUUUAUCAUUAAUCGAUCAAUACAUUUUUAUGCCAGAUUACUCCCACGAAGGUAAAUAGCAAGUUGUGGAAUGCAUUUCCUUGUUAUUAAGAUUGAUACCACACGAAAUUGAUAAAUUCACAUUUCUCAUUAAAUUGUAAGGCAACCCAAUUUAAGAUAUUUUUUCAAUGGGAUCUAGAAUGAAUGAAGCAUUUAUAUAGAGGUAUGAGAGUUAAUUUUGGAUCAAUAAGAUUCUGAGAUAAUGUUAAAAUAGAAAUGGAAUAGUAUUAAAAUAGAGAGAUCAGAAAAAGACAGGUUUUGAAAAGUCACAAUACAUGAUGUUGAGCAAUAGUAUUAAUUCAAACAAGGGGUUCAAUUUAACCGUUGAAAAUACCGAGUUUAUAAUAAAUUUAACAAAGUAUCAACAAGGGAGUGGGAUUAUCCAUGUAUUUUAGUGUAAGAUUUUUCAAAAGGGAGUGGAAGGCAGGACUAAUAAUCAUUACGAUUAAGCAAAAUUAUUCUGCUCUUUAAUAUUCUUAAUUAAGGAGUUGAAGGGGUUUAGUCAAUAUGACUAGGAGGAUUUUAUCAACUUAAUGAAAAUAACUUAGUAGUCUUCUUUCUUAUCAUGUUGCUUCUGCAUUAAUUUGAUGAAACAAGAAGACUUGAAAGAAUUAAGUUAGAUUAAGAUGCAUUACAAGAGAUACUUGGAAAUUCUGAUUUGUUGUGGAAUCAUAACAAAUGAACAAGAUAGUUACGUAUUGUAAUCCAUUUUCAAUAAAUGUUUGAAUUGUCCAAUCUAUGAUGUUUCUAUACCGAAAAGUGAACACUUGGGCUCUGGAGACAACUUCUCAUAGCAUAUAAUCUAGGCGGAGGAAGCAGGAGAAAAAAUAUAUUCAGUGGAUUACGAUUAUGCAUUAUCUUAGAAAUCUUAUCAAAUAGUUCUUGGACUUUAGUAGGAUUUGAAUUAUAGUGAAUUGUAAAUUGAACCACAAAAACGAUUCCCUUAUUAGGCUACAACAUCUAUAUAAAAUUCGUUCAUUGAAUGAAAAUUAUAUCUGUAUAUUUUAUGGGAUUUGCUAUAAACUCAAUAUAUA